AUUCUUCUGCAGGUGCCCGCCGAUGUGACAGAGCGCGAGGCGCGCGCGAAAGCUCCGUAACGCACGCAGGCAUCGAGCGAGCUCGAGAGUUACGUGCAACACCCCUAUCUAUUUAAACACGCGCAUGCAGGCACAGCCACACACACAAUGCAUCCUCACUUGGACUUUAGUGCGGAUGUUUGCGGGAUGACCUAAAGCAACGAAAGCAAUAUGAGUGUCAGCCAUAACCUGGAGUACGUUCAAGAACGCGGCGUGUUUGAACUAAGGCGCUGGAAAUCUACUUGGGCUGGAAACGCGGGAUUGUAGCGCGUUUUGGACUCUGAAACAACGCAAGCCUGUCUUAACUACCAAACUCCGCUUGUAGGACCCAGGCAUCAGGACGUGGGCAUCUGAGACCACUGACGUGUCGUGUUUGCGUCUCUCUGCUGUUUUAUUACUCUGUCCCUCGCUCCCUCUGUUUCUCUCUCCCUCCAUCUCUCCCUCCAUCUGUCCCUGAUCAGGAAUGGAGUUGGGGAGCAAAUCCGAAUGGGAAGGGCCCCUAUUGGGAGGAUUUAACAUGUCAGCAAGCAGAAUUCCAGGAACUCCAGCAAUGCCAAGGGUCUCAGAAUUAUUGGGAAAUAUCUCCACAAACAUUUCAGACCAAAGUCUGCCGUUCCAUGGCACCAGCACCAUGGUCACCGCGGUCAUUUCGCUGACGGUGUUUAUUGUUGGACUCGUCGGCAACACUCUGGCCAUCUACGUGGUCGUGCGCUAUGCCAAGAUGAAAACCGUCACCAACAUCUAUAUCCUCAACCUGGCCGUGGCCGAUGAACUCUACAUCCUGGGACUCCCGUUCCUGACCACGCAGAACGUGCUCUCCUAUUGGCCUUUCGGCUCCUUCCUGUGCCGGGUUGUCAUGACAGCCGACUCACUGAACCAGUUCACCAGCAUCUUCUGCCUGACGGUCAUGAGCAUCGACCGCUACCUGGCCGUGGUGCAGCCCCUCCGGUCCACCAGGUGGCGCCGGCCGCGCGUGGCCAAGGCGGUGAGCGCCGCCGUGUGGGCAGUCUCGUUCGUGGUUGUGCUGCCCGUGGUGAUUUUCUCCAACGUGCAGGACACGUUCCACUCGUGCAACAUGAGCUGGCCGGAGCCGCGCGCCGUCUGGUCCACGGCCUUCAUCCUCUACACGGCCGUUCUUGGGUUCUUUGGCCCCCUGCUGGUCAUCUGCAUGUGCUACCUGCUCAUCAUCGUGCGGGUGAAGUCGUCGGGCGUGCGCGCCGGCUUCACCAGGCGCCGGCGCUCGGAGCGCAAGGUGACGCGCAUGGUGGUGGUCAUCGUGGUGGUGUUCGUGCUCUGUUGGCUGCCUUUCUUCAUCAUCAACAUCGUCAACCUCAUCGUCAUCCUCCCAGAGAACAGCCUGAUGGUCAGUGUGUACUUCUUCUCCGUCAUCCUGACGUACGUCAACAGCUGCGCCAACCCACUGCUCUACGGCUUCCUGUCGGACAACUUCAAGCAGAGCUUCCGGAAGGUUCUGUGUGUGCGCAAGGCCAAUGGCGUGGAGGACGGUGAACCCAGCGCGCCGCGGACAGAGAAGACCACCAUGCACGACACUUUCCUCUCACCCCGGAACAACAACCUCAACGGGCAUGCACAGAACAGCCAGGUGUGGCCUUGUACACCAACCCCACCUCCUGUGACCCCGGUGACCACACCCUCUUGCACAGCUGAGGUCAGCCUGCAUCCUGCUCCAUCUGUUGCCAUGGAAAGCCCCGAACUCAACAUCUGACCAUGCAGCCGACAUGCUACGUCCAAUCAGAGAAAAGCAAGGAUUCUGACACUCUGCACCUGGUACUCAAUAUCCCAUGAUCCUCUGCAAGACCCCCCAGUUUAUCGUAAAUGUUCCAACCGUCAGUACACAUCUCUCUUUUUUAACCUUUUAUUCAGACAUUGACAUGACCCCACAUUUCACCUGACCCCCAGGCACGUGCGCGCCAUACCAACUUACUGACUCUAUAUUCCCCAAGUGCUAAAUCCUGCCCCCAAAUCCAAGUCCAGCCCUGUUCUUCACCAUCACUGCAGCCACUGGGCCAUCUGCGUAGCUGAUUAGUCACUGUGUCCACCUGACUACAGUAGUCAGCCCCCAACACCUGACCUGACAGAGAGUUUCAAAGUUUCAUUCGGAGAGCCUGGCAUGCUACAACGCACGUACGUGGUUGUUCUGGGUAAAUGUGACUCUGCAGGAGACUUAUGUUGAUAAAGGGAAACCCUCCCUCUGCCGUAAACACAGCAAAGUGCCUUUCCCAUUUUACAGGGACGAUGACGACUUAAACGCCGACGUGAUGCGGCCUGCAGCUACUGCCUUGUUGUCCUGUAGGUCCGUCUGCUUUUCCACUUGUCCUGCCUCUUUGUCUCUGGGGUUUUAUAAACGUGCCCGUCUAUAUAUUCAUUUGGGUUUAGCGUUGUGUAAUAUCUGGGUUUAUAUACUCAAAAUAUAUACAUAUAUACAGUGAAUAUCCAAAUGUAUAUAUAUAUGUUUGGAGGAAAACAUUCUAGAAUGUUGUUGCCUGAAAAAUUCCCCCAUUCCCAUGACGAUAAAGGACGAGCAGCGAUGUCCCCACAAUCAUCAUAUUUUUCCAGAAUAUUCCUGACAUGGAUGCUUUAGGGGCUUUUUUGGCAACAUGUAUCCAUUUCCCUUCUUUGUUUUUGCAAAAAGAGGAAGGAAUUCUUUCUCUCUGCCACUUCCCCUCUUUAACACCACUUUGUGGAAACUUCUAAAAAAAUCUCCAUGGCUUCAGUGGUGAGUCUGUGUGGCUGCUUCAGUAUAUGUCCCAUUAAUUGGUGUGAGUAUAAAGCUUCGCUGAUUCAAUAGAGGUUGUGUAUCACAGUUGAUGUUUAAAUGUGCCAGUCUUUACUGCACACACACACACACACACACACGCACACACACACACACACACACACGCACACACACACACACACACACACACACACACACACACACACACACACACACACACACACACACUCACAAAUGUCCAUUUUUAGCUUGUGUUUUAUCUAAUCUCUAGUAACCAGAAGGAGCCCAUACCCACUCUCACUGCUGACAGCCAUCAUGGAGAGGCAACCCUGACAGAGUCCAUAUAUGGUUCUAAAUUACUCGAAGGUUCUGUAUCCUACCCUCAUACUUACAUGCAUGGGGUGAUAGGAAUUGUUCACCGAAGUCUCAAACUCUCAUUGUUCUCCUUACCAUUCUGACGGUAUACCAAAAAAUAUACACAGAUGCUACUAAGCAUGCUAACAUUAUAACAUCAGAACCUUUACUGUCAAGUAUUGGCCAAAAGUAAAGUACAAUUAGAGCUACCAAAAUAAGAAAAUAAGAAAUUCUUUAAAAGUUUGGCGGAGUGGACCUUGUAAAUAAAGGCCAGGCCUUUAGGAGGGAGAUAAUGUUCCGGAGAACGUCUCAUCUGCUUAUGUGCCUGUAUUGUACUCAUUAGACAACUUGUCUUGAUGAAACACAUUUGCUAUGUAAAUAUAUAUAUUUUGAUUCUAAAUAAAAAGGUGUAUGACACUA